AUGGGGCUCCCAUUCACAUUCUCGGACCUCGUGAAGGCACCGAAGAUCAACCCUGUCAACAGGAAGGCCAGAACUGUGCCUAUUUUCAAUGUUGUCAACAUCUACGGUCGUGUGUUCUUCUUCUCAUGGUUUGGGUUCAUGAUAUCUUUCUGGGCAUGGUACACAUUCCCUCCACUGUUGACACAUACGAUCAAAGCCGACCUGCACCUAACACCCCAACAAAUUGCAAACUCCAACAUCGUAUCGCUCUGUGCCACACUUAUAAUCCGAUUCAUUGCUGGCCCCCUAUGCGAUCUGUUCGGCCCUCGAAAAGUCUUUGCUGGAUGCCUGCUCCUGGGGUCCCUCCCAAUAGGAUUGGCACCAUUGGUCCAGUCUGCAAAUGGUUUAUACGUGAGCCGUUUCUUCAUCGGAAUCUUGGGUGGGGCCUUCGUCCCAUGCCAGGUCUGGUCUACCGGGUUCUUUGACAAGAACGUUGUCGGCACUGCGAAUGCCUUCACCGGAGGUUGGGGUAACGCCGGAGGUGGCAUCACUUACUUCAUCAUGCCCGCCGUCCUCGACUCGUUCGUUGCCCACGGACAUCACCCGGACCAGGCUUGGAGACUCACCUUCAUCGUGCCUUUGAUCAUGCUCCUCUUUACCGGCAUCACUCUGCUGCUCCUCUGCCCUGACACGCCUGUCGGCAAGUGGAGUGAGAGGCACGCACAUGUCCAGGAGAACCUCCAAUCUCACGGUGUCCUGGCCGACCCCAUCGUGUCUGUCCCUGGGAGCAUCAACGAGAAGCCCCUCUCAGCAGCGGGCACUAUUGAUGGGGAGAAGGUCGACAAGGACGAGGCCAAGCUGGAGGGCAAUGGCAGCCCCAACCCCUAUGCCGAGAAUGAGGCUGUACUAUCCAAGGAUGAGUUGCUAAGGACCGCCAACGGUGAGGUCAUCGUCAAGCCGUCAUUCAACGAGGCGAUGAAGGUGCUCGCGAGCCCGCAGACGUGGGUGCAGAUGCUAUGCUACGCCUGUUCGUUCGGCGGUGAGCUGGCCAUCAACUCGGUCCUGUCAUCCUACUACCUCAAGAACUUCCCAUCACUGGGCCAGACCAAGGCGUCCAAUUGGGCUGCCAUGUUCGGCUUCCUCAACUUCGUCACCCGGCCCCUGGGCGGCGUCAUCGCCGAUCUGCUGUACAACAGCUUUGGCCGCAGCGUCUGGCUUAAGAAAGGCUGGCAGCACACCUGCGGCAUUAUCACGGGCGUGUUGCUCAUCAUCAUCGGCCAGGUCAACUCGCACCACCUGCCGACCUUCACUGGCCUGAUCGCCCUCAUGGCCAUCUUCCUCGAGGCCGGAAACGGCGCCAACUUUGCCCUGGUGCCGCACGUCCACCCUCACGCCAACGGUAUCGUCAGCGGCUUCACCGGCGGUGUCGGAAACCUCGGCGGCAUCAUCUUCGCCAUCAUUUUCCGCUUCAUGGGUGGUGGCUCAGACUACGCCAAGGCCUUCUGGAUUAUUGGCUGCAUCCACCUCGCGCUCAACGUCCUGCUUGCGUGGAUCAACCCUAUUCCCAAGGGCCAAGUGGGUGGCCAUUAG